GUUGUGUUAUCUUGUUGGGACUAACUGGGCUGUCUGCUGUUGCAACUGGUCGCCACGCAGGUCGGGUUCGGCAAAAAUGACCUUUCUAAUGAGGCUUUGUACUUUAGUUGUCAACGUGUUAUGUCUGCCUCUUCACCUGAUGCAUGCGCUCGGCCUGUAUGUAAUAUACAAACGUGUCUUCCCAUUUUGUCUAUACCGGAUUUCUGUAACGUACAACAGGAAAAUGCACGACAAGAAGAAGGAGCUGUUUCGCAGUCUCCCAGAGUUCGUCGCGCCCGGCAGACAACUCACAAUUUUGGAGAUCGGCUGCGGCACCGGCACAAAUUUUGAGUUUUAUCCGCCCGGUUGCAAGGUGAUCUGCACCGACCCCAACCCCAAUUUUCAGAAGUAUCUGAAAAAAAGCAUGAUGGAGAAUGACCACCUCACGUAUGAGAAAUUUGUGGUGGCAUCGGGGGAGGACAUGGGGUCAGUUGAGGACGAAUCGGUAGACGUUGUCGUCUGCACCCUGGUGCUCUGCUCUGUCAACAGCAUACAGCAAACUCUGCGAGAGGCAAACCGUAUACUGCGGCCAGGUGGAGCCUUCUUUUUCAUAGAGCAUGUUGUUGCAGACGCCUCAACUUGGACAUACUUCUUCCAGCAUGUUCUCCAGCCUGCAUGGUACUACUUCGGCGACGGAUGCGAGAUCACCCGGGAAACUUGGAAACAUCUGGAGGAGGCUGGAUUCUCUGACCUCAAGCUGAGGCACAUUGAGGCUCCACUCCUCUCUUUAAUCAAACCGCACAUCAUAGGCUACGCUGUGAAAUAGACUCUGUCUGACUAGCUUUGUAGUAAAGCCUCCCUCACAACCAGUGUAUGAAUAUGCCAAGCACUAGAUGCCUCUCCUCUCCUAUGUCAUAUGAUUGAUUACCAGUUAUAGAGAUAGCGCCAGUCGCUUUGAUACUAAUUUUAUUUUUCUACUGAAAAAAAACCUUCAGUGUUUAAGUUUUGUAAAGACAAAUUAUUUUAAAACAUUGAAUAAACACCUUACAUAGACAGUGCACAAUACUAAUUUUGUAUGCAGUUUAAGUAUAUAUAUAUAUAUAUAUAAAUAUAUAUAUAUAUAUAUAUAUAUAAUCUUGAUGUUUCUCUGAUCCUCCAUUCCUCAUCUCCAAGUUGCUUGCUGACAAAUCAAUCUGGUUCUGCCGUGGGGAGUUGCUCUCCCUCAGUGACACGAUGUGACAAUUGUGCCACUAAAAUGUGCAUUUUGUUGUGAUUAAGGUGACUGUGUUGUGUCAAAGCUUGAGUGAAUAAAGAGCUUAAU